AUUCGAGAGAGAGUCAUCAAAAUCGACAUCUCCUUCUCUCGCCGCCUCUCCUCUGUCUCUCUCUCUCUUACAGGUUUUGAUUCUUAUUUAUAGUUGGGGUGUAUUUUAAAGACAAGUCAAGAUGGUGAAGUUUACAGCUGAUGAGCUCCGUCGUAUUAUGGACUAUAAACACAACAUCCGUAAUAUGUCUGUUAUUGCCCAUGUUGAUCACGGGAAAUCAACUCUUACUGAUUCUCUUGUCGCUGCUGCUGGAAUUAUUGCACAAGAAGUUGCUGGUGAUGUUCGGAUGACAGAUACCCGUCAGGAUGAGGCUGAGCGUGGUAUCACAAUUAAGUCAACUGGUAUCUCUCUGUACUAUGAAAUGACUGAUGAAUCUUUGAAGAACUACAAAGGAGAGAGGCAAGGGAAUGAGUACCUCAUCAAUCUUAUUGAUUCCCCUGGGCACGUUGACUUUUCGUCUGAGGUCACAGCUGCUCUUCGUAUUACUGAUGGUGCCCUUGUGGUCGUUGACUGUGUUGAAGGUGUCUGUGUGCAAACAGAGACUGUACUCCGUCAAGCCCUUGGUGAAAGGAUCAGGCCUGUCUUGACUGUUAACAAGAUGGACAGGUGCUUCCUUGAGCUUCAGGUUGAUGGUGAGGAGGCUUACCAGACAUUCCAGAGAGUGAUUGAAAAUGCUAAUGUCAUCAUGGCUACCUAUGAAGAUCCUCUUCUUGGUGAUGUUCAAGUCUACCCUGAGAAAGGAACAGUUGCCUUCUCUGCUGGUUUGCAUGGUUGGGCUUUUACACUGACCAACUUUGCUAAGAUGUAUGCCUCAAAGUUUGGAGUUGAUGAGUCGAAAAUGAUGGAAAGACUUUGGGGUGAGAACUUUUUUGAUCCAGCUACCAAGAAGUGGACCAGCAAGAACACUGGCUCUCCUACCUGCAAGCGUGGAUUUGUUCAAUUUUGUUAUGAACCCAUCAAGCAGAUCAUCAACACUUGUAUGAAUGACCAGAAGGAUAAGCUCUGGCCCAUGUUGCAAAAACUUGGUGUCACCAUGAAGGCUGAAGAGAAGGACUUGAUGGGGAAGGCCCUAAUGAAGCGUGUAAUGCAAACUUGGCUUCCUGCAAGUAAUGCUCUCCUGGAAAUGAUGAUCUUUCACCUUCCCUCUCCUGGCAAGGCUCAGAAGUAUCGUGUUGAGAACUUGUAUGAGGGUCCUCUUGAUGAUAUGUAUGCCAAUGCUAUUAGGAACUGUGAUCCUGAUGGUCCUCUUAUGCUUUAUGUUUCAAAGAUGAUUCCUGCCUCUGAUAAGGGCAGGUUCUUUGCUUUUGGUCGUGUCUUCUCUGGCAGAGUCUCAACUGGUUUGAAGGUCAGGAUCAUGGGUCCCAACUAUGUCCCUGGGGAGAAGAAAGACUUGUAUGUUAAGAGUGUACAGAGAACUGUUAUUUGGAUGGGAAAGAGGCAGGAAACUGUGGAGGAUGUGCCUUGUGGUAACACAGUUGCUAUGGUUGGUUUGGAUCAGUUUAUUACCAAGAAUGCUACUUUGACUAAUGAGAAGGAAGUUGAUGCCCACCCAAUUCGUGCCAUGAAGUUCUCUGUCUCUCCUGUUGUUCGUGUUGCUGUUCAGUGCAAGGUCGCAUCUGAUCUUCCGAAACUUGUUGAAGGGCUGAAGCGUUUGGCAAAGUCUGAUCCUAUGGUUGUCUGUACCAUUGAAGAAUCUGGAGAACACAUUGUUGCUGGUGCUGGAGAACUUCACCUUGAGAUCUGUCUCAAGGAUUUGCAAGAAGAUUUUAUGGGUGGUGCUGAGAUCAUUAAAUCAGACCCUGUUGUGUCAUUUCGUGAGACUGUCCUUGAGAGGUCUUGUAGGACUGUGAUGAGCAAGUCUCCUAACAAGCACAACCGUCUGUACAUGGAAGCACGACCUAUGGAGGAAGGGCUUGCUGAGGCCAUAGAUGAUGGACGAAUUGGUCCAAGAGAUGAUCCUAAGGUUCGUUCCAAGAUAUUGUCUGAGGAGUAUGGGUGGGACAAGGAUCUUGCCAAGAAGAUUUGGUGUUUUGGCCCUGAGACCACUGGUCCAAACAUGGUUGUUGAUAUGUGUAAAGGAGUUCAGUACCUUAAUGAAAUUAAGGAUUCUGUUGUUGCUGGGUUCCAGUGGGCAUCAAAGGAAGGAGCAUUGGCUGAAGAGAACAUGAGAGGUAUCUGCUUUGAAGUCUGUGAUGUGGUUCUCCAUGCUGAUGCAAUCCAUAGAGGUGGUGGUCAGAUCAUUCCAACUGCUAGGAGGGUUUUCUACGCUUCUCAGCUAACAGCCAAGCCAAGGCUUCUUGAGCCUGUUUACUUGGUGGAGAUCCAAGCUCCUGAGCAGGCACUUGGUGGUAUUUACAGUGUUCUUAACCAGAAGCGUGGACAUGUCUUUGAGGAGAUGCAGAGGCCUGGUACCCCACUUUACAACAUCAAGGCAUACCUUCCCGUUAUUGAGUCUUUUGGAUUCUCUAGCACUCUGAGGGCUGCAACAUCAGGACAGGCAUUCCCACAAUGUGUGUUUGAUCACUGGGAUAUGAUGUCAUCAGAUCCAAUUGAACCAGGGACCCAGGCAGCAACUCUUGUUGCUGAUAUCCGUAAGAGGAAGGGUUUGAAGGAGCAGAUGACCCCACUUUCCGAAUUCGAGGACAAGCUGUAAGCUAGAGAAUAAUGGAGAGGGUAUGUUUGUGCGGCAAAAUUUCUGCUGCAAUUUAGUUUUGUUUUCUGGCUCUUUAUAUUUUGGUAGUAGUUGCUUCUUGGGUGCUGUCACCCAUUUUAUCAUGUAAGGUCCUUUUUAGAUGUUUUUUUAUAAUGACUCGAGAAUUGUUCUGUGGUGUUACAUUUUUACGUGUUGAUUAUGUAUUGCAAUCGACAUUGGUUGGGUUCAAGUUAUAUUUUUGACCUUCA